UUACGGUAACAAUCCCAUUCUCCCGUUUUCCCUGCGGUCGUAGUGAGUGAGUGGAAAACGGCGUCUGGGUGCUGCCUGCCUGCCUGGGAAUUUCGUGAAAGCACAUCAGCGGCCACUGCCAUGGCUGAACGCCGCGCCUUCGCCCAGAAAAUCAGCAGGACUGUGGCAGCAGAGGUGAGGAAGCAGAUAGCUGGACAGUAUGGAGGCUCCCCGCAGCUCUUCAAAAACCUUAACGUUACUGCAACAAGCAACACAGUCCCCCUCACAGAAGCUGUGGAGCCUGUGGACUUUGAGGAGUAUCUCAUCACUCAUCCUCCCAUCGUUGAAUCUGGUCCCCUGAGAGAUCUGAUCGAGUUUCCCCCUGAUGACAUUGAGGUCAUUUACACACCGAGGGAGUGCCGCACAGUGGUGCAAGCUGUCCCAGAGGAAGGGGACACGGAUGCUCACGUCAGAGACUGUGUCAGAUCCUACACAGAGGACUGGGCCGUUGUCAACAGAAAAUAUCACAAGCUUGGUACAGGCUUUAAUCCCAACACACUGGACAAGCAAAAGGAGCGGCAGAAAGGCCUGCCCAAGCAAGUGUUUGAGGCUGAUGAGAUGCCAGACAACAGCAGCUACCAGGACGACCAGGAUGACAUGAAGCGAAGAUCGAUGUCUAUAGAUGACACCCCGCGUGGAAGCUGGGCCUGCAGCAUAUUUGACUUGAAGAACUCCCUCCCGGAUGCCCUUCUCCCUCACCUGCUCGACCGUGCUCCCAACGAGGAGAUCGACAGACAGAAUGAGGAGCAGCGCAAGGCUAACCGCCACCGCGAAUUGUUUGCUUUGCACCCUGCCCUCGAUGAGGAGGAACCCAUUGAACGCCACUGUGUGCCUGAAGUACCUAAAGAACACUUUGGCCAGAGGCUACUUGUCAAGUGUUUGUCCUUGAAGUUCGAGAUUGAAAUUGAGCCCAUAUUUGCUAGUUUGGCCUUAUAUGAUGUCAAGGAAAAGAAAAAGAUAUCGGAAAACUUUUUCUUUGACCUGAACUCUGAGCAGACCAAGGCAAUGCUGCGUCCACACAUCCAGACAGCAGCCAUCUCUACACUGGCACGCUCUGCCAUAUUUUCCAUCACUUACCCCUCACAGGAUGUCUUCCUGGUCAUCAAGCUGGAAAAAGUAUUGCAACAAGGUGACAUUGGGGAAUGUGCUGAGCCAUACAUGGUUUUCAAAGAGUCAGAUGCUGCAAAGAAUAAGGAGAAGCUGGAGAAACUUCGAAGCCAGUCAGAGCAGUUCUGCCAGCGUUUGGGCCGGUACCGAAUGCCCUUUGCUUGGACCGCUAUUCAUUUAAUGAACAUUGUCAACAGUGCUGGCAGUCUUGAGAGGGAUACAGAGCUGGAGAUGAGUCUUUCAGAGAGAAAGGGUUCAUGGUCAGAACGACGAAACUCAAGCAUCAUGGGAAGGCGUUCAUUGGAGAGGACCACAAGUGGAGAUGAGUCAUGUAGUCUUACAGGCUUUAGACCCGCCACACUUACAAUCACCAACUUCUUCAAACAGGAGGGGGACCGGCUGAGUGAUGAGGACUUGUAUAAGUUCCUAGCAGAUAUGAGAAGACCUUCUUCAGUUUUGAGAAGACUCAGACCCAUAACAGCCCAGUUGAAAUUGGACAUUUCUCCAGCUCCAGAGAACCCCCACUAUUGCUUGACCCCUGACCUAGUGCAGGUUAAACCUUACCCAGACAGCAGGGUACGCCCCACCAGAGAGAUCCUGGAGUUUCCUGCCAGGGACGUUUAUGUGCCAAACACCACAUACAGGAAUCUUCUGUAUGUCAACCCUCAGAGUCUUAACUUUGCCAACCGCCAAGGCUCUGCCCGCAACAUCACAGUGAAAGUGCAAUUUAUGAAUGGAGAGGAUCCAAACAAUGCAUUGCCGGUGAUAUUUGGGAAGUCCAGCUGUUCAGACUUUGCUAAAGAGGCCUACACCGCUGUGGUGUAUCAUAACAGAUCUCCUGACUUUCAUGAUGAGGUCAAAAUCAAGCUUCCUGCCUCUCUGUCGGACCACCACCACAUUCUCUUCACCUUUUAUCAUGUUAGUUGUCAGCAGAAGCAAAACACACCUUUGGAGACGCCUGUGGGAUACACGUGGAUCCCAAUGUUGCAGAAUGGGCGAUUACGGACAGGACAUUUCUGUCUGCCUGUGUCUUUGGAAAAACCACCGCAGUCCUACUCUGUUCUCUCCCCAGAUGUUCCACUCCCUGGGAUGAAGUGGGUUGACAACCAUCGAGGAGUGUUCAAUGUGGAAGUUGUGGCUGUCUCUACCAUCCACACACAGGACCAGUACCUGGAUAAGUUCUUUGCCUUGGUACACGCCCUGGAUGAGCACAUGUUCCCGGUCAGGAUAGGAGACAUGCGCAUCAUGGAGAACAACCUGGAGGCUGAGCUCAAGUCGAGCAUUGCAGCUCUCAAUUCUUCCCAGCUGGAGCCCGUGGUUCGAUUUCUCCAUCUUUUACUCGACAAGCUGGUGUUGCUUGUAGUCCGGCCACCGGUCAUUGCUGGUCAGAUAGUCAAUCUGGGCCAGGCUUCCUUCGAGGUCAUGGCGUCCAUAGUGAAUCGACUUCACAAGUACCUGGACACGAGCCAGGACAUGCAUGGUCGUAACAGCCUUCUCUCCUCCUACAUCCAUUAUGUCUUCCGCUUGCCCAGCACGGACCCCAACUCGCCAUCUCCAGACCCCAACUCAUCCUUAACAGGCCCAGGAGGGUUGGGAGGCUCUGUUCACUAUGCCACCAUGGCUCGCUCAGCUGUCCGACCAGCCAGCCUCAACCUGAACCGCUCCCGUAGCCUUAGUAACAGUAACCCUGACAUUUCUGGUACCCCUACCUCUCCUGAUGAUGAGGUCCGCUCCAUCAUUGGCAGCAAGGGCUUAGACCGCUCCAACUCGUGGGUGAACACCAUGGGCUGUAAGAGUGCCCCGUGGGGAUCCAGCCCUGGUUCCGCUCCAGAAACCAUGCAGGCCAUGGAGCGCUGUGGCAAUCGCAUGUCUUCGCACACUGAGAGCGCCAGUUUCUUGCAAACUUUAACAGGACGGUUACCCACAAAAAAGCUCUUCCAUGAGGAGCUGGCCCUUCAGUGGGUGGUGAGCAGUGGAAGCGUCAGGGAGGGCGCCCUGCAGCAGGCUUGGUUCUUUUUUGAGCUGAUGGUGAAGAGCAUUAUCCACCAUUUGUAUUUCACUGACCGAUUAGAGUCACCCAGGAAGAACCGUUUCCCCGAGCGAUUCAUGGAUGACAUCACAGCCCUGGUCAGCACCAUUGCUGGUGACAUUGUGUCUCGCUUCCAGAAGGACCUGGAGCUGGUGGAGAGACUAAACACCAGUCUGGCCUUUUUUCUGAACGACUUACUGUCAGUCAUGGACAGAGGUUUUGUCUUUACCCUAAUCAGGGCCUACUGGAAACAGGUGUCAACCAAGCUUUACGCUCUGCAGAACCCAACUCUCGAGUCUCUGAGACUAGAUUUCUUGAGGAUCGUCUGUAGCCACGAACACUAUGUGACCCUCAAUCUGCCCUGCAGCCUGCUGACACCACCUGCCUCGCCUUCCCCAUCUGUGUCUUCAGCUACUUCCCAGAGCUCUGGCUUCUCCACACAUGUUCAGGAUCAGAAGAUAGCCAACAUGUUUGAGCUGUCGGUGCCUUUCAGAGAGCAGCAUUAUCUGGCUGGGCUGGUGCUUUCUGAGCUGUCUGUGAUACUGGACCCAGAUAACGAGGGUAUGUUUGGGCUUCAUAAGAAAGUGGUGAGUGUGGUUCAUAACCUCCUGUCCAGCCACGACUCUGACCCGCGCUACGCGGAUCCUGAGGUCAAGGCACGGGUCGCAAUGUUGUACUUGCCCCUCAUUGGCAUUGUCAUGGAAACUCUGCCGCAGCUGCAUGACUUUACAGUAGAAUCCCAUAACCAGUGGGGUCGGCCAGGCGCUCCCCAAGGGACAAUUGUAGGCAACAGUGGAGAAGAGGCAGAGGGAGAUGGCAACAGUCUGAUCAGUCAGACUGUUGCCAUGGCGAUAGCAGGCACUUCCACAGCCACCCCGAUGUCCCGACCAAGCAGCUUCUUGCUCAACUCGCAGGCGAGUCGUCCACAUGGAAGCUUCUCGGCCGAGUCGAGCCGUAGUCUGCUCAUCUGUCUGCUGUGGGUGCUGAAGAACGCUGACGAGUUGGUGUUACAGAAGUGGUUCACAGACCUAUCAGUGACUCAGCUCAACCGACUGCUUGAUCUCCUCUACCUCUGUGUCUCCUGCUUUGAAUACAAGGCCCAUGUUGUGUUCACCAUGCAGGGGAAGAAGGCGUUUGAGCGCAUGAACAGCCUGACUUUUAAGAAGUCCAAAGACAUGAAGGCUAAAUUGGAGGAGGCCAUACUCGGCAGCAUCGGGGCCAGACAGGAGAUGGUGCGACGAAGCCGUGGACAACUAGAGCGGAGUCCAUCUGGCAGUGCUUUUGGCAGCCAGGAGAACCUUCGAUGGAGGAAGGACAUGACCCACUGGCGACAAAACAGUGAAAAGAUGGACAAGAGUCACAGAUCAGUCAGGACCAGAGCAGAGUUGGAACAUGAAGCGCUUAUUGAUGGUAACCUUGCAACAGAGGCCAAUAUAAUUAUUCUUGAUACGCUGGAGAUCAUUGUACAGACGGUGUCAGUGACAGAGUCCAAGGAGAGUAUCCUUGGCGGUGUGCUGAAGGUGCUGCUCCACAGCAUGGCCUGCAAUCAGAGCGCCCUCUACCUGCAGCAUUGUUUUGCCACACAGAGAGCACUGGUGUCUAAGUUCCCUGAACUGCUGUUCGAGGAAGAGACGGAGCAGUGCGCUGACCUGUGCCUGCGACUGCUGAGGAGCUGCAGCAGCAGCAUAAGCACCAUCAGGGCGCAUGCCAGCGCCUCCCUCUACCUCCUCAUGAGACAGAACUUUGAGAUUGGCAACAACUUUGCCCGAGUAAAGAUGCAGGUGACCAUGUCUCUUUCCUCACUGGUGGGAACCUCUCAGAAUUUUAAUGAGGAGUUUCUGCGUCGCUCUCUCAAAACAAUACUCACAUACGCUGAGGAGGACAUUGAGCUGAGAGAGACAACUUUCCCAGACCAGGUCCAGGAUCUUGUGUUUAACUUGCACAUGAUCCUGUCUGACACAGUAAAGAUGAAGGAGCACCAGGAAGAUCCAGAGAUGCUGAUAGAUCUCAUGUACAGAAUUGCAAAGGGUUACCAGACUUCUCCAGACCUCCGGCUGACGUGGCUCCAGAACAUGGCUGGCAAACACUCAGAGAGGAACAACCACGCUGAGGCCGCUCAGUGUCUGGUGCACAGUGCUGCCCUGGUAGCAGAGUACCUGAGCAUGCUGGAAGAUCGCAAGUAUCUGCCUGUGGGCUGUGUCACCUUCCAGAAUAUUUCUUCCAAUGUACUGGAAGAGUCUGCAGUCUCUGAUGAUGUGGUGUCGCCUGAUGAAGAAGGCAUUUGCUCAGGGAAAUACUUUACCGAGAUCGGCCUUGUGGGUCUGCUGGAGCAGGCUGCUGCCUCCUUUUCCAUGGCCGGCAUGUACGAGGCCGUAAAUGAAGUGUAUAAGGUACUGAUCCCAAUCCACGAAGCCAACAGGGAUGCAAAGAAGCUUUCCACUAUUCAUGGUAAACUACAGGAAGCUUUUGGGAAAAUAGUUCACCAGAGCACUGGCUGGGAGAGGAUGUUUGGUACGUACUUCAGAGUUGGAUUUUAUGGCUCCAAAUUUGGUGACUUAGACGAACAGGAGUUUGUGUACAAAGAGCCUGCUAUUACCAAGCUGGCAGAAAUCUCUCACCGAUUAGAGGGUUUCUACGGGGAGCGCUUUGGAGAAGACCAGGUAGAAGUCAUUAAAGACUCAAACCCAGUGGACAAAUGCAAGCUGGACCCAAACAAGGCAUUCAUCCAGAUCACAUAUGUGGAGCCUUACUUUGACACGUACGAGAUGAAGGACCGCAUCACAUACUUCGACAAGAACUACAACCUGCGCCGUUUUGUCUACUGCACCCCUUUCACCCUGGAUGGUCGGGCCCACGGGGAUCUGCACGAACAGUUCAAACGCAAGACUAUCCUCACCACCUCACACGCGUUUCCCUAUAUCAAGACACGAAUAAACAUCAUCCACAAAGAGGAGAUUAUUUCUACACCCAUCGAGGUGGCAAUAGAGGACAUGCAGAAAAAGACCCAAGAACUGGCUUUUGCCACCCACCAGGACCCUGCUGAUGCCAAGAUGCUUCAGAUGGUUCUACAGGGAUCAGUGGGCACUACUGUUAACCAGGGUCCGUUAGAGGUAGCUCAGGUUUUCCUGUCAGAGAUCCCCAGUGACCCAAAACUGUACCGACACCACAAUAAGCUCCGGCUCUGCUUCAAAGAUUUCACGAAGAGGUGUGAAGAUGCCUUGCGUAAAAACAAAAGCCUGAUUGGUCCAGACCAGAAGGAGUACCAGAGGGAGCUGGAGAGGAAUUAUCACCGGCUGAAGGAGGCGCUGCAGCCCCUCAUCAACAGAAAAAUCCCUCAGCUUUAUAAACCUGUGCUGCAGGUCAACUCACACAGAGAUUCCUUCAGCAGAAUGAGUCUUCGAAAACUCGACAUAUGAAGAACAAACUGUUACACACAAAACAGAAACUGCAAUAUUAAUUUAUUCUUGAGUUGUAAAUAGGAAUGUUUCUUCCAAGUUGAUCAGUGUUUCUGAGACUGAGCUAAAAGGUAAAAGUGUUGCAGUUUGGUACGUCAUUCCAGUGUCUUAAUUUGUUUACAGGCAAAUUGUCAGAGGGACGAACAAAUGGAUCCUAAAGAUUAAAGAGAUGCCUUGGCGUUUGGAGUUCAUCCUGGCGCUUCAUUUGUCACUAGAAAGAGCAAGCACAUAAUUUUUUCCUUGAGCUUCUAGAGCUUAUAACGUGAGCCUUCUGACCUGAACCCAACAAAGUGCUUGCUGUGAGCUAACAAAUCAUACAAACGCUGACUAAAGUGCCAAAACAAACCAUCGAACGCCAAAUUUGACAAGUGGUGCAACGGUGCAAUUUCAAAGUUCAAGGCAUCUUUUUAACAAUGUACGAUGUGUCAAAAGAAUCUGUAUUCAAUUUCAUGUGUGCACUUUUUUUAUUACGGUGUAGCAUUGCAUUUUACAACUUGAAAGUUUAUGUAAUACAAAACACGAAAGGUGAAAAUGAAAAAGAUGCAAAAAAUUGAACCUUUAUUUAUCAUGAUGCUUUAUUAUUAUUAGUUGAUGCAACAAUGUUGGUUGGUUGAGGCAAUGUAGGUACUUUAAACAUCCUUUAAUUUUAUGUAGCUUUGUUUUAAAUAUUUUACUAAAUAAAUAUUUUAAUGUUCA